AUGGCGUCCUCUCGUCAGAUUCCUAUCCCGACCACCGAUUGUGCGCCUUCCACCGGGUCGGACGCCUUGCCGCACGAGCCUUCCCCGCCUCCUGCUAAUGCGCCCUCCUCGUCGUCCGCGCCUCCUGCCGCUCCUUCGCCGCCAGUGCCUCGGGCGCACGCUGGAGUUGGGGCGACAAACAACCCUGCAGCACCCCGUAAGUCUCUUCCUAUGCGCCUUAACUUUACACUGGUUUCUCCCGCCCUCGUCUAG